AUGAGUACAAAUUAUGAGCCAGAGAAAUAUCUACCUACAAUAGAUGUAUGUUGAAAUACAGUGAACCUUAAAAUGUUAUUUGUUUGAUAUUAACACCAAUUGAAUAGGCUAUUUUAAGCGUGGCCAAUUUAGAAGAAAUUACGGUUAAAAAGAUUAGAAAUGCUUUACAAGAAUUAUUUGGUAUUGAUUUAAGUCCAAAUAAAGUAUGUAAGAAUAUAAAUUGUUGGUUUUUUAAUUACUAACGAGAGUUUGUAGAAAGAUAUCAAUGAAAUAAUCCUUAAUAGAUAUUAUGAUUUAAUACAUAAAAGAGAAGAAGAAUCUAAAAAACAAAUGGAGAAACAAGACGCUUUAUUAGCUGCAAAAUUAUCAAGAGAAGAAAAUGGUGGUAGAAGAGCAGCUUUUAGACAGGCUAGAAAAUCAGCAGCAAAAGUUGAAAAACCGAAAAGACCACUUAGUGCAAAUAAUGUAUUUAAUCGACAAAUGGUAUUAUCUGCUGAUUUACAAGCAAUAGUUAACAAAGAAAGAUUAAGUAGAGCACAAGUUGUUAAGCAUUUAUGGGCAUAUAUUAAAGAGAAUAACCUACAAAAUCCAAAAGAUAAAAGACAAAUAGAUUGUGAUGAUAAAUUACAAAAUUUAUUUAAAAAAAAGAGUGUUGAUUCAUUUGGAAUGAAUAAGAUAUUGUCAAAACAUAUUUUUAAACCAGAAGAAGUUGGAGAUAGUACUACUGCAUCUGCUCCAAAACAUGAUGAAGAACAAGAUGAAGAAAGUGAAGAGGGAGAGGGAGAGGAAGAGGAAGAGGAAGAGGAAGAGGUUGAAGAAGCAGAGGAAAAAGUUGAAGAUGGUGAUGAAGAAAUGGAAGAAGAUAGUAGAGUCUCAACAAAAUCAAGUUCAGAAGAAGUAUAA